CUCCCUCCUUGCUUUAUGGUCUCUGUCGCUUUCCGUUAUUCCAGGAAGUGUUUGUGCAUUGUGUUUAGUGCUGCGGGUUCAAACCUCCAGGUAUUUACUGUUUAACGGGGACAGAAAUAAAGUCUAAAAAUGUCAGGGGGAACCCGUUUGGAAAACGCAAACCCUGUGAUUUUCCAGCGGUCGGGAGAGAGGCUGCUGACGGCGUCGGAGGAGGAUGAAGACGUGCACGACCCCAUCGACGACAGAGAAAUAUUCGAUCUAAUCAGAUCCAUCAAUGACCCAGAGCAUCCUCUGUCUCUGGAAGAACUCAAUGUGGUGGAGCAAGUCAGAGUCAAGGUUAAUGAUCCAGAGAGCACGGUGGGUGUUGAGUUCACACCCACCAUCCCCCACUGCAGCAUGGCAACUCUCAUCGGUCUGUCAAUCAAAGUCAAACUGCUGCGCUCCCUGCCAGACAGGUUCAAAAUUGAUGUCCACAUCACUCCCGGGACUCAUGCCUCAGAGGAAGCAGUGAACAAACAGCUGGCAGACAAAGAGAGAGUGGCAGCAGCUCUGGAGAACUCCUCACUUCUGGAGGUGGUCAACCAGUGUCUGUCCACCAGGAGCAUCUGAGCAGCCAAUCAGCUUUGCUUGUUGACUUCUUCUUUCAGCCUCUGAGUUUUGCAGCAGAAUUCUCCUAAGCCUGAGUCUGCCAAGCUGUCUAUUUAUCCACCUGUCACCAGUCCUGAUGUGAACACUGAUGCAGCAAAAGAAAGUCAGGAUCAUAUAGAUCCAUUUAGUUCUAGUGUUUCCUGGAUACAGGUACAGGGAAGCAGCAGAGAAACUAUUUGUGAAGUUUUGAGGUGUCCAGUUUGAAAAAGAGGAGACAUUGUGCUGGUUAGGUUCUCCAUACAGGUUAAUGCUUGUUUUAUAUUGUGAAAUUUAUAUACAUGUAAAUAAUAUCAAUGCUUUUGAAAUUUUAUUAAAGGUUUACAUAUCAGUAAUGAAA